GGUGUAAGACCGGGUAUUACAGUUUUAUGAUAAUAUGGUAUUCUAUAACUUACGCUGUACGGAUGCCCUGUGUGUCAUGGUUACAUCCUUAUGUUUAUACCGCAACAAUUAAAAUAUUGAUAGGUCUCUGACAUUGAUAACUGUGCUAAUUUUUUAAAAGUAUUUAUACCUCUACGAAUUCUGUUUACAAAUUUAUUAUCAACUAUGGAAGAAGAGCAAUUUACACAAAAAAGAAAAAGGUCACAAAAUAUCACAAAUAAUGAACAAUAUGAGUGGUAUGUCGAGGCAAUGGAAAAUGAUUACAUUUUUCGCAGUGGAUCUAUAAAUCCUACUAUAGAUCCCAAUUAUAUAAACAAUAAAUGGUAUGAGCUUGUGCUGAAAAUAAACUGCGUAGGAAAAGGCCCUUCGUUAACAAGACAAAUGUGGCAAAAGAGAUUUAAAGAUUGGAAAAAUGCCACACGUGUAAAAUAUAGAAAGUUAUUGGACAACAGAUCAACAACAGGAGGAGGUGUGGGAGAUAAAAUAGCAUUCAAAAAACAUCUUUCAAAACACAAAAUACACUUAGAUCCAUUUUAUCACAUACUAAACCAAUGAAUACAGAACAAG